AUGGGCGCAUGGGGAGAAUCCAAGCAAGACUACUACAACGCCGACGCCAUCGAAACGGAACAAGAUGCACUGGACGAAGAAAAGGAAGCACUGCGUCUGCAAAAGAAGCAGCUGCAGGCCAUGAGUGCCGCCGACUUUGGAUUUGACGAGGCCGACUGGCAACAAGAAGACGAGCAAGACGCAGACCAGGAUGGCGAGAUUGUCACCGAGGUGCUGCCUCAACUCGAGCUGGACGACAACAUGGCCCCCACCGAACGCCUCAAGCUACUCAAGACACGCUACCCGGAGUUCGAGCCUUUGAGCAAGGAGCUGCUCGCCCUGCAUCAGACAUACCAGGAACUGUCAUCUGUAGAAUCGCCGUCGCUCGCCGUCCAGACCAAGCAGCAAGCCGCUGCCGCCUACCUCGCCUCUCUCACCAUGUACUUCGCUCUCCUCACAUCGACUGCCCAAGACAAGCAGACAAAAGGCCUCGCUCUGUCCGCAGCCGCCAUCCGCGACCACCCCGUCAUGGAAAGUCUAAUCCAAUGCCGUGAUCUAUGGUCACGCCUUAGAGACCUCCCCGAAGACGACUCGGAAGACGAGUCCGCCCUGGACGAAGACGAAGUCGAAGAGAUGAGCGAGUCCGACGAAGAAGAAGUCCCCGUCACCAUCUUGCCCAGAAAGGUCAAGAAGACAGCCGCCGAACGCGCAGCAGACGCAGUCACAGCAGCAACAGAAGCCCGCCGCGCCGAACGCCUCCGCAAGACAGAAGCAGACUUUGGCGACCUCGACGCCCUCCUCAGCACCUCCUCCCGCCCCAAGAAAUCAAAGAAAAAGACCCAAACGGCAGCGAUCGACGAGAACGACUCGGACCUCGGCGAAGACACCUCCCUCACAGCAGAAGAACUCGCCGAAAAGGCCAAGCGCAAAAAGUCCCUGCGCUUCUACACUUCGCAAAUCGCCCAAAAGGCAAACAAGCGCGGUGCAAAGGUGCAAGGUGGAGACGAAGAUGUACCACACAGAGAGCGCCUGCGCGACAGACAAGCCCGCCUCAACGCCGAAGCCGAAGCAAGAGGCAAACGCUUCGACCGCGACACCCUGGGCGAAGACAGCGAAGACGACGCCGACCGCGCCGUUGCCCGCGAAGUCCGCGGCGAAAAGAGUAUCGACGACGAUGAAGACUACUACGACAUGGUGGCCUCCAAAGCCGCAAAGAAGAAAUCAGACAAAGCCGCCGAGGCCGCCGCAUUCAAAGCAGCAGCAGCAGAAGGUGGCAGAGUUGUGGAGGUUGAAGAGGUGGGCGCCGACGGCAAGCGCGCAAUCACGUAUGCGAUUGAGAAGAACAAGGGUCUCACGCCACACAGAAAGAAGGAUGUGCGCAACCCGCGCGUCAAGAAGCGCAAGAAGUUCGAGGAGAAGAAGAAGAAGCUUGCUUCCAUCAAGCCCGUGUACAAGGGCGGUGAAGGUAGGGGCGGCUAUGGUGGUGAACUCACGGGUAUCAAGAAGGGUUUGGUCAGGAGUACCAAGCUCUGA